AUGCUGUCCCGUACUACAUCUAGACUGGUGAACAACCGCUUGGGAUUUAUUCGCCUGUACUCGAGUUUGAACCUGCGUGUGCCCGUGACACUGCCCAAUGGCGUGACAUAUGAGCAACCAACAGGUCUAUUCAUCAAUGGUGAAUUCGUUCCUUCAAGACAACACAAAACCUUUGAAGUCAUAAAUCCCUCCACGGAGGAGGAGAUCACACAUGUGUACGAAGCACGCGAAGAUGAUGUCGACGUGGCAGUUGCAGCUGCUAAGGAAGCGUUCGACAACGGAUGGUCACAAUCGAACCCUGAAGAUCGUGCGCGUGGUCUUUUCAAGCUAGCAGAUCUUAUUGAAGAACACGCCGAGACUCUUGCUGGUAUUGAGUCGCUAGACAACGGUAAGUCUCUACUAUGUUCUCGUGCGGAUGUUGCAUUGGUCUCUAAAUAUUUGCGUUCCUGUGGUGGUUGGGCUGACAAGCUUUAUGGUGAUGUUAUCGACACUGGCAAAGAUUAUUUUUCAUAUAGUGUCAGAGAGCCAUUGGGUGUUUGCGGUCAAAUUAUCCCAUGGAAUUUCCCUUUAUUGAUGUGGUCGUGGAAAGUGGGGCCCGCUCUAGCAACAGGUAAUACAGUCGUAUUGAAACCAGCUGAAGCAACACCAUUAUCAGCAUUAUAUGCAUGUCAAUUAGUUCAAGAAGCUGGUAUUCCAAGAGGUGUAGUCAAUAUCCUUCCAGGUUUCGGCAAAAUUGUAGGCGAAAGACUAUGUACCCAUCCAAAUGUUAAAAAGAUUGCAUUUACAGGCUCGACAGCUACCGGUCGUCAUAUCAUGAAGUCUGCCGCUGACACAAUUAAAAAAGUUACUUUGGAAUUAGGUGGUAAAUCGCCAAAUAUCGUUUUCUCAGAUGCUGACUUAGACAAGGCUGUUAAAAGUAUUGCAUUUGGUAUCUUCUAUAAUUCUGGUGAGGUUUGUUGUGCUGGUUCAAGAGUUUACGUUCAAGAUACCGUUUAUGAUGAAGUGUUGGAGAAAUUUAAGGAAUACACAGAAUCAUUGGUGGUGGGUGAUCCAUUCCAAAAAGAUGUCUUCCAAGGUGCGCAAACUUCUCAAAUGCAAUUGGACAAGAUCUUGGACUAUGUCAAGAUAGGUACAAACGAAGGUGCUCGUGUUGUUGCUGGUGGUGAAAGAAAGGGUGACAAAGGGUAUUUUAUCAAACCUACCAUUUUCGCAGAUGUUAGUGAGGACAUGAGAAUCGUUAAGGAAGAAAUUUUUGGUCCAAUCGUUACUGUUUCUAAAUUUUCAACUGUCGAUGAGGUUGUAUCAGCAGCAAAUGACUCUGUUUACGGUCUAGCAGCCGGUAUCCACACGAAAGACGUAAACAAAGCUAUCAACGUUUCAAAGAGAAUUAAAGCUGGUACUAUCUGGAUUAACACCUACAAUGAUUUCCAUCAAAAUGUUCCAUUUGGUGGUUUCAACUCUAGUGGUAUUGGCCGUGAAAUGGGUGCCGCUGCAUUGGACAACUACACUCAAACCAAGUCUGUCAGAAUGUCCAUUGACAAACCACAAUACUAA